UGUCAGCCGUGUCAGACCAGAGGCGAACGCAAUUUUUUUUGUAUUUGUGUUACCCUUAAUUAAUUAUGAAAAAACCGAAUAGUGAUUUAUUGAUAACAGCGGACUUUUUGUUAUUCUAAUAGGAAUAGAAAUUAUCAUUCCAAUAAUUGAGAGAUGCCGAGUGGUACCUACCAGCUACCAUCAUCCUCAAGCAUGAUGGAUUGCGUUAAUAAUUACUAGUUGGAGCAUGCAUGAUUAAACGAUGAGUAGUUUGUCUAUUCCUCAAUAAUCACCGGAAGUGGAGCGAGCUGAAGAAUGAACUUUGAAUUAGUCAUUGAUUAACUCGAAUCUUUGAUUUGAAGUUUAUUGAAGUGUUUAGUGCAAGUGACCACUAUUUUUAGUCCGCCAAUAUCGGAACGUAGUAUCACUGAUGACCAAAUAUGGAUGAAGGAACUUUAAACGAUUUACUCGAAUGUUCAGUGUGUCUGGAGCGUUUGGAUACUUCCAGUAAAGUACUCCCUUGUCAGCAUACCUUCUGUAAAAAAUGCUUAGAAGAAAUUGUUCAUAAACACAAAGAGCUGCGAUGUCCAGAAUGUCGUGUAUUAGUGACCACAAAGGUAGAUGACCUGCCUCCCAAUGUUCUCCUGAUGAGAAUAUUGGAGGGUAUGAAAAAUGCACCGAACGCACUCAAACAGAGGAACAGUCGAUCUGGCCAAAUACAACAUAAUUUGUUGCACCAAGCUGUCCAACAACCUGUUCAUAAUCCAUCCGAACAUAUAAUAUCACCCAGUAAGCUGAGCGCUGCCCAAAUUAACCAUCAACCCUAUGCAAAGGCUCUUUACGAUUAUGCACCAAGAGAAGUGGGAGAUUUGACCUUUAAAAGGGGAGAUACGAUAAUACUGAAGAGGAGAAUUGAUAGCAAUUGGUAUUAUGGGGAAUGCAAUGGAUUUCAAGGGGUUUUCCCUUUGAGUUAUGUGCAGAUUAUCACUCCUGUACCAAGCCAUUUACCCCAGUGCAAAGCCCUCUAUGAUUUUCGAAUGACAAACGAUGAAGAAGAGGGUUGUUUAGUUUUCAAAAAAGGCGAUAUAAUCAAUGUUAUAAGAAGGGUCGAUGAGAAUUGGGCCGAAGGAAAAUUAGAUGGAAAAAUCGGAAUUUUCCCACUGGCUUUUGUUGAAUUGAAUAACUUGGCCAGGUCGUUGAUGAAACUUUCCAUCAACGUACAACCAGGACCAUCCAAAGUAGCACCGCCAACUCCGACGGCCGAGGAGAAUGGUACCCCGCUCAUCCCCACCGAUCAUUCUAAAAACGUGGUGCCUCAAUCUAAAAUCAACCCGCAAACAGCUACCCCCAAAGCACUGCCAACUUCGGAUUCUAGCUCAACGAUCAGUUCGGGUAGCUCUUCGACGACUACCCCGAACGUUUCCUCAAGCAAUACAUCUUCGAGCUCGAGCACGGCUCCCUCUUCGCCCGCUUCGCCACCCUCCAGGACUCAGGGAACCUCCAACAGGAGUUUCGUUCAGAUACCCGAACUCGUUGGACGCUCAAGCGCAACAAGCACCCCCCAGAGGACGUCCCACGGAACGCACCAGCAGAAGGAAAAAAGACACAGUUUCACCGGUCUGUCCCACCCGCAGCACAACCCCCAUCGACUUUCCGCCGAGAUCGCCGAGCACGCCGCCCAUCUAUCCUCCCCCCGAAGGACCAACGAAGACUCUCAGCUGCCGGCCCCCUACAUCGCUCUCUACCCGUACAAACCGCAGAAGCCGGACGAGUUGGAACUGAAAAAGGGUGGUAUUUAUAUGGUGACGGACCGUUGUCAAGACGGUUGGUACAAGGGCACGUCUAACCGCACCCAAAAAUGCGGGGUCUUCCCCGGCAACUACGUGUCCCUGGCGCUCGGCCUGACCGCGGCCCAGAUCGAGGCCAAAACGUCAGUAAGUCGCAUUCGGAGCAAUAAGAACGGCCUGUCCAAGAGCUUGGGGGCGCCGCCUGAGCUUCCCCCGCGCGCGGUCAGUCCUUCCGCCGCCCCCGGCAUAUCGUCGAGCUGGCACGGGCAGCAGGAGGGCGUGGCCGUGCCCUUGGGACGCAGCACGAGUGCCAUUAUGCCCAGUGGCGCUCAGUUUUUAGCUUCUGCGAGUUCUACUAAAAAUACUGAUAAGUCCAAGGAACGGAAAGAACGCAGCUCAACUGUGAGCCUGAUGAAGAGGCUUGCCAGCAUGAAGAGGCCCAAAUCACCUCCGAACUCUUCGUAUUCAAUGGAUAAUCCUGUUUUCGAAGAUUCCACCGUUACUUCAGCCGCUCAAUCAGUACACGUGCGAUCAGGGUCGUGCCCAAGCCAGCUUCUGCAGGUGCAUUCGACAGAUCAUCGUCUGUUGGGAUCCUCAUCGCAACGCUUAAAGCAUAAAGAUCGCCCCAGUGUUCUCCCCUCACACAGAAGCGUCGAAUCUGCGCAUUCUACGUCAAGCCCCGAGGUGCACCGUCACAGGAAGUCCAACUCGUUGGACGCAGGCAACAGAUCGAAAACCGCCACGCAGACUGUGCGCGAAAGGUACCGAUGCAUAACCCCUUACCCCGCCAAUAGCGAAUACGAGCUGGAGUUGCACAUCGACGACAUAAUCUACGUGCACAAAAAGAGGGACGACGGAUGGUACAAGGGCACUCAACAGAGAACCGGAAAGACAGGUCUAUUUCCAGCCAGUUUCGUUGAGGCCUUCUAAAAUUAAAUUUCAAAAACACAAUUGAAUUAUUUAAAUAUACAUAAAUAUCGGGGAAAAAAGUAUUAUUUAUCGACAAAAUUCGAAAAAAAAAAGAUAAAUAAGUUGCACAUUUACAAUUUAAUAUUACUGAUUUUGUAUUUAAAUGGGUUACGCUUAACCUUACUUCUUAUUUGCUAAUUGAAUGUGCGAAUAAACCUAUUGGAUUAAACCUACUAGACACUGCUCAUUUUUAGAAAAAAUAUAAUCAUUUGCUUUAUCAAGAACCUAAUUUAAGCAUUUGUGAUAUUGGAUAUUAAUCUCUUUAGCUGCAUUUAAUUGAUUGCGAAUUUAAUGGAAUAAGUAGAUACAUUUAACCUCUUGAUAUUACUCCGUUCAUCGAGGCAAUAUAUCUUAGUGCAAUACUCCCCACGUGUUUAUUGUUGGAGAUAAUUUAUUGCUUUUAUUUAAUUUAUGUAUCUCGCUUAUUCGUAGCAUUUUGAAUUAACUGAAUUCGUUUAUCCAGGUUUUCUCUAUACGAAAUUAUUAUCUAACAUGCCCUAUGUUCUGUGUUAAUAGUUUAUAUAAGGUGCUUAUAUAUUUAACUUAUUUAUGCGUUUACUAUAAUUUGGGUUAGUAGAAUCUUAUUUAACUUCUUGAGUUGCCAUUUUUGUACUAAAUUCUAUCUAACUAAAAAUACGAUGAUGAAAGCGUUCAGUUUCCAGACUGCCAAUAUGUUGAAAUAAAACCACUCGGCACAGUUUAAAAUGUUUCUUUUUGAACAAUGAGAUUUCAUUGCAUAAUGCAAGCCAUUGUAUGUGUGGUAAAUUAAAUGUAUAGUGGAAUGAAUCAUUGUUGCACAACUUAAAAUUUAUUUGCUAUUCCCAUCUCGAGUUCAACCUUACUCAUCCAAAUCUCUCGUUUCGCUUCAAUCUCAAACUUUAUACGGAGAUAUUUUCCUAAUGUGUUUCGUGUUCAGUAUGUGUUAAAUGUUAGUUUAUAGUUAAAAUUAAUGCUGUGCUUUGACAAUACAACAUUGGGCCAAUUCAGGCAAUUCGUUGAAAAUGUUUCAGGAAAGUUUUUCGCUAAAGUGAACGUUUCCUAAACAGAAAUAAUAACUCCUAACCGAUCCUUUGUCGAUAUUGUAGCCAUGCAUGAAAUUGCAUUGAAAAAAGAAAAUAUAUUUGGCAGUUUGGAAAAUGUUCCCGUGUAGGAUAAUUUGUUAGGCCAUAUCUUAAUCUUGCAUUUCUCAAAUUUACACCAUGUGUUCAGUGAUUUCUAUAAGUAUGUAUUCAAAUGGUGAAUAACGUAAUCAUAUUCAUACUAGUGAUUUGUCCCAGACCGUUCAUUGGUGAAAUUUUUAUUUUGGUGGUGGUUUAAAUGAAAUUGGAUUAUCUUUUGUUGUUGAAUUUGCAUUGUGUAAACAUGACUGAAAUUUUGUGAAAAUAUUAUUAGGCUUCUUAUGUUUUUAGAAAUCAUCAUGUAUGUUUGAAAUAUAUCUGAAUUUGAAUUUA